CAGUUUUAUGUAAGUUGAGAAGAUGGGAGUCGAGAAAAGUCCUGUAUACAGGUGUAUAGAAUGCAACAAGGAGUCCAGAGAGCUGUACAGAGAUUACGGGCAUGGCGUGCUGAAGAUUACUAUUUGUGUGAGUACUGAGACUUGCUAAUGGCUAACCAACCCUUUGGCAAUACAGAUAUGUGUGCACAAGGCUGACUUAGUAGUGGUAGAAAUGUAAAGUUGCAAGGUUAUCCAUCACUGCGCUGUAUCCUUGCACAUGCAAGGAAGUGGCACAUAAUAUUAUUUGCAAGUCUUGGUCGAACGACUUCAAAGCAUAUGCUCUCAAGAGAAUACAAAAAGUGAAAUUCUGUAAUUCUUUGUGUGUGCGCUGCAUUCAAGUUUUAUUCUCACCUGAUAUUUAGGUACUUUAUAAGUAUGUGACUGUGUGUGUCUGUCCUCACACGCUAUGAACAAAAUUAUACCCUUCAUUAUACCUAUUAAUCGUUAGCCAUAUUUUAGUGAUACAAACACCAAAUUAGAUUAAUGUACCGUAAAUAAUGUUGAGGUUGAAUUUAAACAUUGUAUUAAACUACCAAAAUGCUCAAUGAUUUGUAGAGUGAAAUUAUUGUAAUUCACUGAGAAUAUUAAAGGGUAGUCUAAACACUCUAACCACUUCAGCAUAAUGUAUACUUUAAGUUCCAGCAGUCCCUUGGGUUUUCCCUUCUGUAAGUAGUCAAACUGCUUUUAAGAGUUUGACAUUUCCUUGUGCCAGCCCCCUUCUCAUAUAUCUAAAGUGGAAGUUAUCCUUCUGCAAUCUCCCACACCGUUUAGCCCACACUCUUAGUCAAUGAAUUCUAUCCAAAGAUGGGCUGAAUUGAAGCAUUGAAGAAGAGGCACCUGAGGAACCUAGGUAAGUGUAAAAUGAUUUGACUCUUGCCGGGGGUGAGUAGGACAGGAACACUAGAAAAGCACUAAAGUUUGGUAUGUUCAUAAUGGUAAUUAUCCCUUAAAUGUAGUGUCCAUGUGAAUAAAUCUAUAACUUGCUAGGUCUUGUAGUCUCUGAAUUCUGAAAUAUUUCUCAUGUGGUUUUUUUUAAUUUUUUUUAAUUUUUUUUAGAAAUCCUGCCAGAAACCAGUGGACAAAUACAUAGAGUAUGACCCAGUCAUCAUACUGAUUAAUGCAAUGCUCUGCAAAGCCCAGGCCUAUAGGCAUGUCCUUUUUAAUACAACAAUCAGUGUAAGUCAUUCAUUCCCUUAUUCUCUUUUGGCUCUUAAGUGGGCAUUUCAGUGUAUUCUUAAAGGGCUAAUCUCAUACACAUAUGACAAUCUGACCACUGAUGGAUAAUAUUGUAUUAGCCACAGGGUGAGUCAAAAGUUGGGAGCAACACAUAUAUCUGUAAGAUGUUAGAUUCAUCUCUUCAUUACUGUUAUGUACUAGGCCACGAAGUGUGAUAUGUUACUGUCACUUUGCCAAGUGGAAAUCGGCUUUGAAUGCAUUCACAUAAUACAUCAAACUUGAAUUACGGGUAUUUGUGUGGUUCCUGGCAAGUAAGUAUUACAUUUGCUGGCAAUUUAACUAGUAUAUUAUACAGAUUAACUCACAAUUCAUUAACAAUUUUAGAGAGACAGAGUAAAGGGAGGGGAUACAUUUUUAUUUUUUCUCCUACUUUUACACAUUUGCUAGAAUGAAAAGCCUUCUUGGUAUAGCAGGUUGGCCCCAGUAGAGGCCAUACUUGGAAUUUAUGGUGAAUCUGAAAACAAAAAGGUCUCUUUUGUGCCAUUUUUUUCCUAGUUACAUGGGCUGAAAAGAAAAAUGAGUCCAUCAAGUUCAGCCUUUCUCUCACAUCUGUUUUUGCUAUUGAUUCAAAAGAAAGCAAAAAAAAUCAGUUUGUAGCACUUUUCAAUUUUGCAACAAAAUAGCAAAAAAAUCUUUCCCACCUGCUCAGUUUAUUUUCAGGACACAUUUCCCAUGUUUUAUCCUCCUUUUUUACUCUUUUCUAACCAUGCAGUUUUUCUAACUCUAUCCAAUGUUGCAUUCUACUCUUCAACCUCUUUCAAUUCCUUAAGCAUCUGUACCUGUUUUUAUUUUUAUCGUUGCCUUGUAUGUUUCCAUUUCUACCCAGUCCCUCAUUUUUUACAGUCCCAGUUAUGCAACAGCUGUUGGACAUUUGGUUCCUCUUUCUCAUGAUUCUCACAACUGUGAUUGCUCACUUAAUUUAUUGGAAAAUUAAAGCCCAUUUGCCACUAGUGAUUGGCUGAGAGUGUCCAUUAUUUCUAAAAUCAAAAUAUAACGUGUAUCUACAUGGCAUCCUUAAAAAUGAGAGAAAUGUCAAUGCGUUCCUCUGUAACACUUCAUAAAUCCAUUCUCUUGUAGAAUGCUUCUUAUUUGGAUCCUUUGGUAUUUGGCAAAGCUCUGCUUGUGUUUUUUUUUUUUAGGAAGUACACCAUUUUGCUUCUAAAACUGGCAGUACUGGCAAGGUAUAAAUAAAAAAAUAAAUUGUACAUAAAUAUUUUUUUUCCAAUAAAGUCCAGUUCCAGUUAUUGAGUUUCUAAAAAAAUAAAUAAAUAAAAAAACACGUGCAAAAAAAUACCAGUAGUUAAAAUCACAAUGAGAAUAAUAACAUGGUGUGCAAGUGUGGAUACCACAUAACUACCCAUUAUAUGGUAGGAAAGAUCAUUUCAUUUCACUCGAUGGAGAAGAGUGUAUGUAAGCCUCUAAAAAAUAAUAAAUCCUGCUACAUUGUUAUUGUACCUCUAUUGUACCAGUGGUCUAGAGGGAAAAGUAGGAGGGCUUUGCUCCAUCUCUUUAUAAACAUAGGUGCUAAAUGCGGCAUCAGCUGUUCUGCUUUCUUUGCUAGGCUACAGCAAUUCUAGAGCUCCAGCUGCAUUUUCCUUCACCUACAGGGAUAUAUUCAUGCACCGAGGAGUAACACCAGACAACUGACAGUGUGGGGACAACACUGCGUAUACAUGUAAAAUUGUGUCUGUCAUAGGUACACUAAGUUAUGCUCUAAUGUAGGAACAUGGAAAUUCUUCUAUGCAUUGUACUAGGCAUGUGCAUGGGGAAUAUGUUCGGUUCGGUUCGGCAUUCCAAAAUUCAGGACUUCUGCAAUUCGGGACUUCGGCACUUUGGUUCGUUUCAGCACUUCGACACUUCGGCAUUUCGGGACUUUUCUUGCAGCCGCUUAGUAGAUAACUCCCUAAUUCCCACCGCAUUAGGGAGUUAUCUACCAAAAGGCUGAAAGACCUAAAUUGGUCUUUCAGCCACAUUUACUAAUACUAAGUAAAAAUUACUUAGAAUUAGUAAAUUUUGCCCCUACUCGCUAUACCUCCUGUGGCUGCUCACUGUUUAAAAAAAAAAAAAGUCCCCCCCACCCGCGACGAGUGAGUGGGGGCUUUUAAACUAAAGGGACCUAUUGCCCCCCCGGCCCCCACCCCUGAGCAGCGGGUGGGGGCCCUAAAUCAGAAUAAGGGGGGGAUCUAUUGUCCUCCCCCCUGGCCCCCACCCCUUAGGGUGGGGGCCCUAAAUCAGAAUAAGGGGGGGGGGGGACCUAAUGUCCUCCCCCCGGCCCUCACCCCUGUGCGGUGGAUGGGGGCACUAAAUACCAAUAAGGGGGGGGACCUAUUGACAGUAGGUCCCCCCCCCCCUUAUUUUACUGUAGGGCCCCCACCUGCCGUUCAGGGGUGGGGGACCGGGGGGGCAAUAGUUCCCCAUUUCAGGUUAGAAGCCCCCACUCGCGCGGCACGGGUGGGGGCUCUGGAGGGGGGGACUUUUUUUGUUGUUGUUUUUAAAGCCACAGGCUGCUCACUGUUUACUAAACGUGCCCCUACUUGCGGUAUAGCUAGUAGGGGCAUAAUUUACUAAUACUAAAUAAUCUUUACUUAGUAUUAGUAAAUUUGGCUGAAAGACCAAUUCAGGUCUUUCAGCCUUUUAGUAGAUAGCUCCCUGAUACCGUGGGCAUUAGGGAGUUAUCUACUUAUUCAUUCAUCCUAUGUCAGUGUCGACUUCAACUUGUCUUUAUAAGAUAGGCUGUCUUACCUUGAACUCCUGUUGGAAAUAAUGUAAACUAUGGCAUAUAUCUGCACCUUUAGUGGGAUUGUCCUCAUGUAUCUUUAUUUUGUUGCACAGUCUCUCUCUUCUAGUAUUUUACAAGUAGUUAUCCCAUUAAGUAAACAUUUUGAUGCUCUCUCUAGAGCUCAGAUUAAGCUUGUGGCCAGGAUUGCUCUUUCCACUAGAAGUGUGAUUGCAGAGAUCUGUGGAGUUCCUUGUGUUCCCAUUCACACUACAGUGAUCCUCAAAACAAAGGAGACAGCGGAGGUUGAUAAGAUAACUGCUCUGGUCAAUAAUACCUCUAAACACUAUCAUAAAAUCUGGGAUCCCUGGUUCCAUAAUUUACAUAAUUUUAGCACUGCUUGAGGACUUCUUCUAUAGCUCAUAUCUCCCUAACAGACAUAGUCCCUAAUUCAUCCACUGUCCUCAUAUUCUCAUAUUCCCACUCUUCCUUUUUCAUGGACGGACCCCUUAUGCCUUUCCCCGUUCUUUUCUUUGUUCCUUACAGUCGGUUUUGCAUAGGGAAUUUUACCCCUAUUCCACUGAGACUCCCUCUCUUUUUGCCUCAUUUUUUUUUUAUUUCUAUCCGGGUUUCAGUCUUAUGCUCUAUCCUCCUUACAGGUAUUUGCUCUUUCUUUAUAAUAUCAUUUGAACCCUCUCAAAAAAAGUGUUUUUUAGAAAUGGAUUCUCCGCUCUUAUUCUGUGCUUUUAUGGAAGUGAGUCAUGAGACUUUCAUAUGUAUAGAAACUUAGAAUUUGCAUCUUGGCAUGCACGACUGGCUGACUUCCUUAUAUUUUCAUUUGCAUACAUUUAUUUUGAUACAUUCAGAUCUCUGGGGAUUUAGCGCAGCUUAUUAUUGGGAGCUUUACAAACGUUAUAAUAUUGAAAAUAUUUUGUUUCAUUGUGACCUGGUUUUAAGGUAGGCACUUAAAACUUUAGGUAUUGGCACACUGUUAUUUUUUUGUUAAUUAUCAUUGUACUUUACGCAUUAAAAACAAAUAAGAAAUACAAAAAAUAAAAAAGUGACCAAGUAAUAGCUCACACUGAAUGCUACUAGAAACGCUUUCAGUGAAACGUCCAAGUAAAACACUGUCACAGUUUUGUUUUCCUAACGCCAUACUGUUCCCUUUUUAUAUUUAAAAUGUUCAUUGCACAACAAUAAUUUUAAGUAUUCCUCCAUAUAAUGUACUUUUUGUUUUAUGAUGAAUUUACAUAUAAUUUUUACAGUGGAAUAUUAUUUUGAUUGAUUUACUAGAUUCAUGGAAAGCUGUGCAUAUUCUGUCUGCUCUGCGAGGCCUACACCAGGUGGCUGCAGCUCCCAGGAUCCAGCAAUAAAACAGACCCUGGAGAUUUUAUUCGCUAUGCCAAAGAAUGGGAUUUCUACAGGUUAUUUGGGAUAGCUGCACUUGGUAAGUACCAGCAUUGUCACUUCAUAUGAUAUGGAGAGUUAACAUCAUCCUUGGGGGAUUAUUAUCAAUGGAAUGAAAUUAAGAUUAGUGGUGUGUUAACAACUAAUAUGGAAUCUGUAGGCUAUUGUAAAUUAGAAAUAUAGACGAGUUACGGAUAUCUAGCCCAGUAGCAUCUUGAGGCCUAAUUUCUGAAAUGAAGAAGAAAUGCUGUGCAACCACACUAUCUCACCUAAAAUGUUGUGAACCACCUCAGCGCCUUCACACAUAAGGUCUUUUUUUAAUUUUAAUUUUUUAUUUUAUUAAUAUGGGUGUAAAGUACUAGGUUUAGGAAUACUUGCGUUAAAGGACCACUAUAGUGCCAGGAAAACAAACUUGUUUUCCUGGCACUAUAGUGCUCUAAGGGUGCCCCCACCCUCAGGGUCCCACUCCCGUGGCGCUGAAGGGGGUUAAUCCCUUACCUUUUUUCCAUGCCGGGCUCCCUCAGCGCUGGGACUCUCCUCCCUCUUCUGACAUCACCGGCUGAAUGCGCAUGCGUGCAUUCAGCCAGUCUCAUAGGAAAGCAUUCUCAAUGCUUUCCUAUGGAUGCUGGCGUCUUCUCACUCUGAAAAUCACAGUGAGAAGCGCCUCUAGCGGCUGUCAGUGUGACAGCCACUAGAGGCUGGAUUAACCCAUAGGUAAACAUAGCAGUUUCUCUGAAACUGCUAUGUUAACAGCAAAAAGUGUUAAACGUAGAUAGACCUGGCACCCAGACCACUUCAUUAAGCUGAAGUGGUCUGGGUGCCUAUAGUGGUCCUUUAAGGAUGAGGAUGACAAGACGUAAGAGGAGUUUCGGGUAUGAUGUGUCCUGCUUUCAAUGUGCUGUGGACCAUAACUAAGAAUCAUUGAUAUAAUAGUCCAUUACAUUGUGGAGGCAAAUCCCACAUAGGCUCACAUAAUCUUACCCUAACCUCCGCUCUGACCACCUCACUAAGCCUUUCCUUACCCUAAAGGCAGUGUCAUAAAUCGCAAAUAUCAAACAGGCUUUCAUGCUAUAUCGUAGAAAAGUCAUUUAGUACUAUACAUGGGAAGAAAUCAUAACUGUUUUGCAGUUAUUUAAAGGGACACUCCACUGUACAAAUACAAAAUAAAUAAAAAUCACUGUUUAGUAGAUAUACCCCAAAUGAAAACUUGCAUGCAGAUAUAUCUAAAAUCAGCUUUCAAAACCCACAGUUCUCUUGUCUGCCCAGCCUCUCUGUGGCUGUCCAAUCACAGACUUCCCAGUACAGCUCAAUGAGAAGUCUUUGUAAGUCAGUUGCUCUGGGCAAUUGCUGCAUCGAGCUAACGAAACCAGGAAGUAACAUUACCUGUUGUCUGCUUGAAAGCCAAGGGGGUGUAACCAGGUUAAUUUAUAAAACUGUACAUUUCUAUUGAAAUCUGUAUUUUAUUUUAUUUUUGCAAAAUGAAAAUAGGACACACUCUUCACACAUAAAACUUUUUAGCAAACUAAAAUUGUUUAGGGGCUUGGAGUGGCCUUUAAAAUAUUAUUUAAACUGAAUUAACAUAACUAGAUAUUUAAUUCAGCAGCAUUUAAAAGUUUAUUUAUGAAUCAGGGAGUUUAGAAUAUUGUAUACCAAUAUAUACAUGUUGGAGAAAUCAUCCUGCUGAGUAGGAGAUCUUUUUUUACAACUAAAUUUUACAGGUUUGGUUUCUCCUUUCUUUCUGACUUCAAUAAAAUUAGUACUAUGGGGAAUCUAUAGCAGUGUUCUGCAACCUUUUUAGCAUCCACGGCCUGGCGAAAAGAGGAGAAAUAUUUUGCAUACCAGCAUCAGCCAGAAGUAAAACCCAAUGGUAUGUGUGAGGGGUGCUGUGUGUGUAUGGGGGGCAGUGUGUGUAGGGGUGAAUGAUUGUGGGGUUGGAGGGUAGAUUAUGAAAUGUAUAUAUUUUUUCCCGAUAUUUGGAGCAUUGCCGUGGCAACCGCGGCAACGCUCUGAGCUCACGAGAGGAGAACCCGCCAGAGCUGCAGGUUAGAGCUCCCCCGAGACCUCUCUUCCUCCCUACCCUGCUGGCUGCCAGCAUUACACUGUUAGCUGGCCGGGGAGGGAGAUCUCUGUUCUUCCCUACGGUCCUGCAGAACCGACAGGGGAGAGGGAGGCACAGUUCCCGGUGCUAUGAUCAUAAGAUCACAGCACCGGGGAAAUAUUUUGCGGUUGGUGAAAACUUUCGCGGACUGGCAAUAAAUUCUUGUGGACCAAUGCCGGACCUGUGGUUGAAGACCACUGAUCUAUGGUGCGUACAGCACAUUUUAUUAGGGUGUCCACCAGAGGAUUCUUUCCCCAUACUAUCAUUUAACAUUAUAUAAGGAGACAAUUUUUUAAAGGAUAUAUGCAGCAUCACUGUUGUUUUUUGCGCGCACACACACACACACACAUGCCUUCUAGAAUGAAAGCUCAUUAAGCAGGGCCCUCCACCUCUCUGUUUCUGUACGUCCAGUUACAAUUACAUGUCUGUUAGUCCACCCAUUGUACAGCGCUACAAAAUAAUAAUAAUAUGCACACACUUACAUGCAUUCAUUCAUAUACAAUUACACACAAAAACAUCACAUUCCCACUUCAGUAUCAGUACGCAAGUAAGCUGGAUGCUCAGUACAGAGAGAUCCCAGCAGCCACCUCGCCGCCUGCUCUGUAUCCAAUACUACAGCACUCGAGCAGGCAUCUGCAGGCAGACCCUCCACCAGCAAUGUGCCAGUAGUGCUGUGUACUCCCCUUCCUCCUGUCGCCCAGAGAGUACCUACUGGGUGUGAUAGGAAAAUGAGUAGGGAGGGAUUGGUCGGAGUUUGAGGAGAGACUGAGGUGUGAGAGAGUAAAGGAUAGGUUGGAGUGAUAGGAGGAUGGGGAGAGUGGAAGGGAUGGGUGGGAGUGAUAGGAGGAUGCAGAUGGAUGUAUACAUGGAAGUGAUAAGUGAAUGGGGAGAGUGGGUGGAAGUGAUAGAAGAAUGCAGAUGGAAGCAUGGAUGAGAGUGAUAAGUAAUAGGGAGAGGGAUGGUUGCUAAUGAUAGGGAAAUAGGAAGGCUUACGGGGAAUAAAAAUAAAACAUUGGUGCUUACCCUUGGUGGUGUAAGUGGCUGAAAAGUGGUAAUGCUCUUGCCUCAUACUGCUCUCCCUGAUCUGUAUUCCUUUAGUAGGGCCUGAUGGGGAAGGGAUAUGAUGUCACAACAACAGCGCGGGGAGAGUAGUGUGGGCAAGUGUAUACAUCUCUUGCAUCUUGACAGCCACCUAUAUCACCAACUGCAGGCAGCAGAUACAGUGUAUUGCUGACAGUCCAGUGUCAUAGCACAUGGCACAGAUGGUGCUGAUCGAAGAGAUCCACACCAUGCUGGAGAGAAUUGACGCUGCACAGCAUUGGUCAGGGAGAUAUUUUGAUCUCCCUGACAGUUUGUGCAGCAGCCUGGCAAUCGGGCACUCGCCUAUGGUGUUAACUAAUUCCACAGUAUGUACAUGAAAACUAAAUAACCUUAAUAGGGUUAUUUACUAAUAUGAGAAUUGAUGGAAAUUCUUAAAACUGAUUUUCACAUUCAAGGCCAAAGUAGCAAAGCAUACGAUAUGCUAUUUUUAAUUUCAAUUAGAAAUUCACUCUAAAUUCCCAACAAUUCUCACUAUAUAGUAAAUAACCCUGUAAAUAUCUUCCAGGUCAAACAGCUUAUUUACUUUUAUCAAGCACUCUUGAUCUAUUUCAAGCACUAGUGAUUUGCUUCCAGCGUUAGUGAUGUGUCUGAGACAUAUUAAAAAUAAGUAAUAUUCCAUCGAUGAGAAACUAAUGUGUUUUUUUUUUUUUCCAUAGAACAAUCUGCAUUCCUUGCCGGUAUCUUCAUUGUUUUGUAUUUGGUAAUGCCUAGCCUCUUGAAUUCCCGGUCAGAUUGUCUUUUGCUGCUGAAGGCCCUAUUACUAUCCAAUUAUGGGAAGCUAUUAUUGAUCCCGGCUGUUAUCUGGGAGCACGACUAUACACCCCUAUGUCUCAGACUCAUCAGUCUAUUUGUCCUAACAUCAAAUACCCAAGCAGUCCGAGGUAAUGCCCUUAUAAUGCUGCUGUUUGUUGUCUUGGUGUGUAAAUCCAAUAUUUUACAAUUUAAAUCUAGUAUUAAUUAUUAAAUGCAUGCAUAAUACACAGAACGUCAGAGUAAGAGUAAAUCACAUGACUUCAUGAGACCAAAUUUAGGCAAAUGGGGAAAAAAAGCUUACACAGGCUAUUUUCAAAUAAUGUCCAUCCUAUAAAUUGUACUCCUUGGUGGAUUACCAGUACAUUUUAAAUGAUGCAUCUACUAUUGUCAAACUCCUGCUUAUAGGGAUGUUGAUGAAAAGGUUGUAGCACUUUCUGUUGCUAAUGACAUUUUUAUUCUUACUUCCUCUUGUCAUGUGAUAUGCACAUCCGAAUCAAUAAUAAUGUGUUUCUAUUCAUGCACUGGCAAGAUUCCGUAACUCCUGAUCAUGACACAUUCAUAAUGUCCCAGUUUUUACAAUGAAAUCCGCAAGCAGCAUCUUGCCUUAGGAUAACAAGCAACGUGUAAAAUAAAUGUGAUUAUUUGCUUUCCUUCUAAUUCACUUCAGAAUAAAUUAAAAAUAAAUUAAAAAAAGCUUCCCUUCAUAUUUCAUUAGAGACCUAGAUCUAUGAAUUGAUCUUUUCACUCAAAUAAUCAACUUCAUAUGACUGGCUGCAGCUCCCUCUUUAGCUCUAUCACACUCUGUUUUGGAAUGCUUUUGUGCGCACAAACCAAUAUUACCAUAUAAACUGUUGUUUAUUAAUCUUUAUAAUAUGCAGCUAUAUAAUGUUCAUACAUACUAAUCUACUCAACAUAAAUACACAAUAUUAUGUAUGAUAAAACUAAUAGUUUUAUUUAGUAAAGUGAAUUUUAAAUUUAACGGCCAAAGUAUUCAAACUGGAAGCAUAGUUGAUUUACAGAAUUUUUCCAGUUCUCCUAUUAAAGCCUUGAAUUAGAAAUUCACUUUGAAGUCUCACUUUAUUGAAUAGCCCUGAUCGUACUGCUAUGUUUUUAAGAAAUAAAAUAAAAAUAAUUUUGCAGUAGUUAUGCAUGUUUUAGCCUAGGCGUUUGCCAUGGUUUUAGACUAUAUCUGCAUUGUAUUUGAUCCACUAACAUGGAUUGUGAAGCAAGAACAAUUAAAGGAAUUGCAACUUUUUAAAACUUUUUGUAUUUAUUAAAUUCAUCUUUUCUUCUCCUCUACUGCAGUAGCCUUGAAUGUAAGCCGAACGCAGUCACUGAUUGCAGUCGCCUUUGGCGUACUUUUAGAAAACUUGCUAUGCUGCAUCCAUCAAAAUGGCAACUGAAACAGAAAACAAAUUGUUCAAAACUGAAGCAGGAAGUAUUGGAAAGUCGCCUGCAUGCUCAGCACUAAGGCCCUGCCUGUGUUUCCAUUUGCCAUCAAAAAAGGUUUGAUCGCACGUGCUCUACGAAAGAAUUUGUAGACUAUUGACUUUGAAUUUUAUGCAUUUUCUAAGAUGGUAUUUAUUUUAUUAGUAAUAAAUAUAUUGCUUAAAUAUGAGCAGUCACAUUGUAUGCAUUUGUGAAUAUCCAAGAUAUCAUAUUUUCUACGCACAGGUGUAUAUCCAGUGGUGUACUAACCAAAGAGUGCUGGCAGUAGGGGGUGCUUUGCUAAUGUAUUGUGCAGGUUGGGAGCUGCUGGGAAAAUAAAACAUAAAAAAUUCUAGUUGUGUUGGGAGCCAACAAAUAUUUCCCAAAAAUAUCUCUGAGACAGGGGUAUUUUUUUUAUAUACAUGCUUAUAUGUAUUUCGGCUGAUGUGUACUAUAGUCAUUGCUGCCGCCCAGGAGUAAUGGGAGUUUGAGCGCAGGACUAGUUUUUUUUGUAUUUGUAUUCACUUUUGUAUCACACAGCUAGGUUGCAAUGCUGCUGCCCAUCCCAUGUGUUCCCUAUUAAGGGUUAAUAAGCAUGUAGGGGUAUAUAUAAAAAUACCCCUUUCUGUCUCAUUAGAGAUAUUUUUGCCAGAAGCUCAAGGAAGCAAGGCGAAUGGUUAGAGUUAGGACCCACCUAAGAGGUCUGCCUUGACGUGGCAGGUGGGCUUACCCUCUCAUGGUCAUUGGAGGUAACCAAAAAACCUCCAUUUGUUUAAAAAUACAUAGGGAUGUGGAAAGAGCGCAGGUAACUUUUUUUUCUUUAGCCACUAUAAAAGGUUGACUCCCCAAUCCUUAAAAUAUACAGAUAACAAAAUUGUAUAUAGAAAACUCUACAUGCAGUAGAGGGCGCCACAACACAAGUGUCAAUAAAUUACACAGUUACCACUUUGUUAUGAGGAUAUCGCUUAUCAACGGUUCCUCUGGAAUAGAAGAAUUUGAAUACGUGAAAGUAGAUAAAAAAUGAAAUCAUAUCAUAGGAGAUAAAUUUAUUCAAUAAAAUAUAAAACUAUUUAAAAACACAGUCACAAAAUAAAAUGCACAUAUACAAAGAAAUGUGCAAAAAAAAGUAGUGCCACCAAGGGUUCAAUCUCACCACAUAGGUCGGAGGACUACUGUCUCCAGGUUUCAAUGUCCCAAUUCGUGUACCCGGUUCCUUUCCAACAGCUAACCAUCUCGUUCAAAUUCAUAAGUAGUAGUUUUCAGCAUCAGCACAUGGCAUCACGGGCUUGACUGUGUAAACCAGAAAGAACAUUAUUUAAAUUGGCCAAUCCUUGAAAGAGCUGAUGCUGGAAAGGUUUUGUUAACAUUAAGUAAUAUCUAUAUUUCCUUUUGAAAAACACCAAAUAUUUCUCCCUAUUCUUGUUUUUAACCUUUUCCCCGCCCCCCCACUUGUAAAAUGUAACAUGGUGUAUUAUUGUUUAUCUUUCUAAUCAAAACAUGGUGGAGAGGGAGGUACUUUGUGAUGUCUCUGAUACACCCAAUCGAACCUGAAGUGACGUUGCACUAUUUGCAGAUAUGUCACCUCUGGUUAAACCAGACUUUUGAAUUGCAUAUCGAGUCACCAAUACUUUGGCCACAAUUAACCCAAUUGACUGAAAUGAAGUGUUGGCAUCUCGGAGGCACCUUAUAAGAAAGUUUACCUGGAUCAUGCCAGUUACCAGCUGAAGAAGCAAAGGCCAAUGUCGAAACGCUUUUUGGUUUU